UCGAGCGAGUGUCUUCGCACAAAAUGAUCGGCUUCAUAAUAACGUCAUUUUUGAUUACACUAUGUGUCGUGCGUUUAUAUAAAAAUGCAUAUAAAAGGCCGUUGGACACAUUUCCACCAGGACCGAUUAGCUUACCAGUUUAUGGGGCUUACUGGAUCGUACUUAUGAGAGAGAUUAACAAUUUGGGAGGAUCGCUUAGAAAGCUCGCUAGAUAUUACGAUACAAAGGUACUAGGAAUGUAUCUCGGGAAAUUCCCUACAAUUGUUGUUGACGAUCCAAAAUUAAUAAAGGAAACACUGAAUAAUGAAGAUUUCGAUGGCCGCUUGGAUAUCAUCAUAUCCCGCUUACGAUCGUUUUGGAAAAGACUCGGUAUAUUCUUCACAGACGGAUACUUUUGGCACGUUCAGAGAAGAUUCACCCUUAGGUACAUGAGGGAUUUUGGUUUCGGAAGGAGAGAUGAAACCCUUGAAACUGUUAUAGCUAAUGAGACUAAGGAAAUGGUUGAUUUGGCGCUAAAUGGACCAAAGUAUCCCGAGGAAAAGGAAUUAGUCAAAGGAGACCUUAUAUUUCUACAACAUUUCUUCGCUGUGCCGUUUAUAAAUGGCAUUCUUCAUAUUUUUACGCGGUCGACUAUACCGAGAUCUGAAUACCACGUCCUUUGGGACCUGGCACGCAAAACCCUGCUAUUUCAACGAGGAACUAAUGACUUAGGUGGUGCAAUAACCCUGACUCCUUGGUUAAAAGAUGUGAUGCCAAACUACAGCGGUUACACAAAUCUGUGUAAAGGAAAUCAAAAUUUAUUGGAUUUCUUUAGUAAACUUAUAAAACAAACGUACGUCACCCAGGAUGAUAGCCACGACCGUCAUUUCUUAGAUUGUUAUAUAAGAAAAAUGAAAGAAGAACAAAAAAGCGGACGCCGCACAACAUUUUCAGAUGAACAACUUCAACUGGUCUGUACGGACUACAUGUUUCCGGCAGCGACUGGAAUACAAUCGGUGCUCACAUUUCUAAUCGAAAGAAUACUUCUACAGCCCGAGAUACAAGAUAAAAUUCAUGAAGAGAUCGACAGGGUAGUUGGACGCGACCGCCUUCCCACGCUUGAUGAUAGACAGAACAUGCCUUAUUUGGAAGCUUGUCUGCGAGAGAUAAUGAGAUUCGAGACACUUGUGCCGCUUGGGGUACCACAUCGCACAAUGAAGGACUGUAAGCUGGAAGGCUACGAUAUUCCAGAGAAUACAGUAGUAGUAUUCAAUUACGUCACUCUUCAUUUUGAUAAGGAUAUUUGGGGCGAUCCGGAAAAUUUUAGACCAGAACGUUUCAUAACAAACGGAGUAUUAGAUUUAUCCAAGGACAAAUCUCUACCAUUUGGAGCUGGUAAAAGGCUGUGUGCGGGUGAAACUUACGCGCGUCAGUCAAUGUUCCAAGUCUUUGCCGGAUUUAUGCAAGCGUUCAGUGUAUCUACAGCCGACGGUAAACCUCUUACGAAACCUGCCCGGAGAAUCCAAGGCAUCAUCACAACUGUACCUGAAUUCUGGGUGCGUGUCACACCUAGAGUAUAUGAAAUUAAUAAAAAAUAAGCUAAUUUUAUAAUUAUAUUAUCAGCUGCCAAAUAAAUUGUAUAUUUAUUAUUUAUUUUAUUUAUUUGUAUUGUACACUUGCAGACUUUUGAAUACAUUGAAUGGAAUGUAUGUACUUAUAACAAAAGUACACAACAUUCACACAUUUUAUCGUGUAAACUUAAUUUUAAGUAACUUAAAUGUGAUAUAGGAAACAAAAAAUUAAAGCCAAAAAAUAUUAUAUAUAAAGAAAAUUACUAACUCAUAUUUCCGAAUUUAGUUGGAAGAUAAGUAAGCAAUUUUUCAUUUUUAUGAUGUAUUCACCGAAAAAUGACUGAUGACGAUGAUUUUUCUGAAGACAUCAUGAAUCAUGAAAUAUUUCGAUGUCAAGUUAUUUUGAGAUUUCAUUAUAUUAUUAUUUCAUUAUUUAUUUUAGCACAUUUGCGUAAAAUGGGAUACAGAUUUCCGAGACAAGUUUUAAUCCAAUCUUAUUUACCUACUGAUAAUUAUGAUAACUAUCAUAAGUUCAAUCGAUUUAUCAAAUAUAAUUUAGUAAAAAUGUGAUAUCUAUUUCUAAAUAUUAAUGUUUUAGAUCUUUUUGAUCUAAUGUUUGUUCAAUUAAACCUAAUAAGAUUAGUUAGUCACAAGACAAUCAAGGUUUAUUGAUCGUGUUGUGACCAACUAAAAUAAACACUUAUUUGUAUGAU